AUGAGCAGCUCCUCCUCCUCCCCAGCUCGUCUCAAACCUUUCGCAACUCGCAUCCUGCAACCUCGCAGUUGUACCAACUGUGUCAAUGUUCUGCUGUCUCAAUGUUUUGUAUCACUAUCACCAGGCGCGCUGGAGCCGCUCUCUGCGUCCGCUCCGUGGGCGAUUUUCCCUCGCAAGAAGCUGGACGUGACGUACCGCGACAUUGGCGCGGGGCUGGCCGCGUGUCUGCAGCUGAGGGAGCACCAGCGCCAGGAGUUCGAGCAGAAGAUCACGGGUCUGUGGGACCCCAGCGGCCAUGCAAUGGUCACGCUCUCGAUCCGGACGGGGUUCGACUUGCUGCUGCAGACGCUCAAGCUGCCGGCGGGGAGUGAGGUGCUGUGCAGUGCCAUCACCAUCCCCGACAUGCUCUACGUGCUGCGUUACCAUGGACUGGUGCCCGUGCCUGUGGAUCUGGACCCGGAGACACUGGCGGUGGAUGUGGAGCAGCUGAAGAAGGCUGUUACGGAGAAAACGGAAAUGAUGCUGAUUGCCCACAUUUUCGGCUCGCGCUUCCCGCUGGAUGAAGUGCUUGAGGUUGCGCGCAGUAAUGACCUGAUGGUCGUGGAGGACUGCGCGCAGGCGUUCAUGGGCAUGCAGUACACGGGCGAGAACCGGGCGGAUGUGUCGAUGUUCAGCUUUGGAACGAUCAAGACCGCCACGUCGUUUGGUGGGGCUAUUAUUCACGUGAAGAACUCUGCUCUGCUGGAAGAGAUGCGUCGUCGUGAGAGGAGAUACCCGAGCCGCACAAACCUCUUCUUCUUCAAGCGAUUGAUGAAGUAUGGUUUGUUGCACGGUAUUUCCACACCGGCAGUCUACGGUCUUUUCCUUCACGCUUGCCGUGCUGUUGGAGCCGAUCAUGACAAAGUCAUCACGUCUGCCAUUCGUGGCUUUAGUGGGGGAGAGCUUGUGUCACUGAUCCAGUAUCGACCUUCGAUGGCGUUGCUUGGGCUCAUGCAUCGACGCCUAACAUGCAUGGAUGAGCAAUACGUUCUCCUCAGAAAAUCGAAGAGUGAGCAGUUGGCUAAUGCCAUCAAGGAUCUCCUCAACGUUUCGAUCCCUGGCCACCACGCUGAGAAACACUACUACUGGUUGUUUCCCGUGUGUGUUCCGUCCCCGCAAGGUGUUGUGAGCUACAUGAACAAACAUGGAUUCGAUGUCACCUCUGGAGCUACGCAGCUCGCAUACGUACCAAGCCCGCUAGGACAUGAGCACGACCCGGUCCACGCUAAGAGCAUUAUGACCAGCUUGGUCUACUUACCCGUCACGCCUGAAACUCCUGACUGGGCCAUCGAGAAAAUGAUGUGCUGUUUCCGCGAUGCGCUGCACUCAUCCAGUAGACUUUGA